ACAUCGAAGUGUUUACUUGAUCGAUAGGUUUUAGCCUCUGUUUAACGGAAGUGUUUGCAUCUUGGGAUGCAUCCGAAGUGAAAAAACACAGUAAUCAUGGAGACGCCGACUGGUGGCAUUGUCAUUGUUCAUGAUGGAUUUCCAAUGCUGACUAGAGUCCACGCUGGAAAUCAAUCCUUCAACGUGAAGAGAACAACUAAAAUAUUGACAGAAAACUCUUACAGUAAUUAUGUAAAUAAACAAAAUACCACAUUGUCACACCUCAUUUCACAUGAUCGUAGGUUUAUUACAAAUGAUUCUUUACCCAGGUAUUUUAAUCACGGGCUAUAUCUACCAACGCAUACUCCUCUUCAAGAUUUUCACCGAAUGAAUUAUGGUCCGGUAACUUGCCCGUGUCCCGCAAGAAACGUAUACAGACCAUUUGAAGUUCCAUAUUACUUCCAGAGACCGAACUGUAAUAAAAACUCGCUAUAUUAUGAUUUUCAAGGAGGCACAAAUCCUUCAAUGCAACUAUCCCACAUGUCUAAAGUAUCACCUUUUAAAACUAUUCGAGCGCUCCCUAAAGGAACUGAUGUAGUAGAUGCUUGCAGUUUAAAGUCAAACUUUAUGGAUGAAGUGAAGCAAUGGUACCUUGGAAGUACAAUCUCAGUUAAGAAUUGUGGAACUGACUUUUUAAAUGGUAAUGCAUGCAGGACGAACUUGGUUGGCAAAAGCAAAGAGGAAGUAGAAAUACCGGAAGAGCAUAAAGGCAAUACAGAUGUAAAGCUCAAAAAUAAAUUUAAGUCUACUGAACAAAGAGAUAAGCCAAAGCGUACCUCAAAUAUACUUCAUGCGGUGAAACAGAAUCUAAAUGGUACAAGCGUUUCUGUGGCAAAAAAAUUACUAAACGGAACACUUGAACCAAGGAUAGUUCUAAAAGAUAUAAGAAAAUAUAUCAAUACAGGUAACUUCAAGGAAGAGAUUACGUCCACUGAAUUUCAUCAGAAUAAAUAUGAAUGCCACAAAACUAGAAACAUAGUUGUAGAACAGAAAUGCACUUCCUUAAUACACGACAACAAUUGUUUGAGGAUAAGCAGAGAUCAGAACUUUGAUGGACUUGAGAAUUUUAAAACCAUUGUGAAGAUGUUACAGAAGAAAAAUAAAAAGCUUAAAUUAAAAAGACUUAGAAAAAUAAAUUUCAACAAUCGCUGCAAUAAAUCUGCCCCUUCUCACGAGCAGGACCACAAAGAUGAAAUAAUAGACCAGCCCAAGUUGUGUGCAUUAAAAGAAAAAUUACGAGUUAGAAAACAUAUCCCUAGGUACAAUAUUACAUCUGACAACAGUAACUCUUUUGCCGACCACUUUUUCGUUUAUAUCAAGAAGUUUUCUCAGAAUAUAAUCCUUAACGCUCAACGUUUGUACUGACAAAUCGAACUUCGCAGAUUUUAGUCUUUCGUUCUUCCUUUUUAAACAUAAUCUCACUAUUUUUCUCCUUGUACAAUGUUGAUAUCAAUGCUAAACGUAGCUAUAGAUCAAAGUGUUUACACUUAAAGGAGCAACUAAACGGUUCAAGUAACAUCUUCGCAAUUGAUGCUACUUACUCUACAUCUUUACAAAUUGUAAAUGUAUUUAAUAUAAAGUCCGCUGAAAAAUCGAUAUUCAAGAGAUAUACAUAGUUGUCCUAUCAGAAAGAUUAUUAUAGUUAUAUUUCUGUAAUAAAUUUAGCACUUUUUUAUUGUUAUUUUCCAAAAAUAGAAACGUCGUCUAUCUACAUUUUUAUUAUAUUCUGUUUUAGCAGUAAAACAAGCUACGCUCUCCAAAAUAUAUUACGGAACAGUGAAAUCUAAUCACAAUAUUUUCUCAUCCCGACAUGAGAAUAAUGAAUGUUACACUUUUUCAGACAU